GUUUGGCAGGUUAGGUAUCUUUAGGUCGAGCUGUGUUCUGUUUGUUUUUUGAGUUUUGUGAAUUUUAUUACAAUGGUCAAGGAAUUGUACCGUGAAACGGCUAUGGCCCGUAAAAUAUCACACGUUAGUUUUGGGUUAGAUGGACCUCAACAAAUGCAGCAACAGGCUCAUUUGCAUGUUGUUGCUAAAAACUUAUACUCACAGGACUCUCAAAGAACCCCAGUACCUUACGGGGUUUUAGAUAGAAAAAUGGGUACAAAUCAAAAAGAUGCAAAUUGUGGUACAUGCGGUAAAGGAUUAAACGACUGCAUUGGACACUAUGGAUAUAUAGACUUACAGCUUCCAGUGUUUCAUAUUGGAUAUUUUAGGGCAGUUAUAAACAUUUUACAAACAAUAUGCAAGAAUCCGUUGUGUGCGAGAGUUUUAAUUCCUGAAAAGGAAAGGCAAGUUUAUUAUAACAAGUUAAGGAAUAAAAAUUUAUCAUACUUAGUAAGAAAAGCAUUGAGAAAACAAAUACAAACAAGAGCCAAAAAGUUUAGCGUUUGCCCUCAUUGUGGUGAAUACAAUGGCAUGGUUAAAAAAUGUGGGCUUUUAAAAAUCAUACAUGAAAAAAAUAGCAAAAAACCAGAUUUAGUCUUGCAGAAUGUAUUAGCUGAAUUGAGUAAGGAUUCUGAGCAUGGCAAAGAAUUAUCUGGAGUCAGUCUGACUGGGCAAAUUCUGAAUCCACAAGAGGUUUUACGAUUAUUUGAAGCAAUUCCAUCUCAAGAUAUUCCAUUACUUGUUAUGAAUUAUAAUCUUUCAAAACCUGCUGAUUUGAUACUGACGAGGAUUCCGGUACCACCUUUAUCCAUCCGUCCCUCAGUUAUAUCUGAUCUGAAAUCAGGAACCAAUGAAGAUGAUCUUACUAUGAAACUAUCGGAAAUCGUCUUCAUCAACGAUGUUAUCAUGAAACAUAAACAUUCUGGUGCUAAGUCACAGAUGAUAGCUGAAGAUUGGGAGUUUUUGCAAUUACAUUGUGCUCUCUACAUAAAUAGUGAGACAUCUGGAAUACCCAUUAACAUGCAGCCGAAAAAGUCAAGCAGAGGACUUGUUCAAAGACUAAAAGGUAAACACGGCAGAUUCCGUGGAAAUUUAUCAGGAAAGCGGGUAGAUUUCUCAGCACGUACUGUGAUAUCUCCUGAUCCUAAUCUCAGAAUUGAAGAGGUUGGUGUUCCUAUACAUGUUGCUAAAAUCUUGACAUUUCCUGAAAGAGUUCAACCUGCUAAUAAAGAACUGUUGAGGCAGUUGGUAUGUAAUGGGCCUGAUGUCCAUCCUGGUGCUAAUUUUGUUCAACAGAAAGGGCAAUCAUUUAAAAAGUUUCUUAGAUAUGGAAAUCGAGCAAAAAUAGCCCAAGAAUUGAAGGAAGGUGAUAUUGUGGAAAGGCAUCUAAAGGAUGGAGAUAUUGUCCUGUUCAAUCGUCAACCAAGCUUACACAAACUGAGUAUUAUGUCGCACCGUGUUCGAGUACUAGAGAAUAGAACAUUUAGAUUUAACGAAUGUGCCUGUACUCCAUACAAUGCUGAUUUUGAUGGUGAUGAAAUGAAUCUUCAUCUUCCUCAGACAGAAGAAGCUAGGGCUGAGGCUUUAAUUUUGAUGGGUAACAAAGCAAACCUAGUAACCCCCAGAAAUGGAGAACUGCUGAUUGCUGCAACUCAAGAUUUCAUCACUGGAGCUUACCUUCUCACACAAAGAAGUGUUUUCUUUAACAAGAGGGAGGCUUGUCAAUUGGCGGCAACUCUUCUUUGUGGUGAAGACAUCAACAUGACAAUUGAUCUACCGCCACCAGCUAUAAUGAAGCCAACAAGGCUGUGGACUGGAAAGCAAAUAUUCAGCUUGCUUAUAAAACCGAACAAAUGGUGCCCUAUAAAUGCCAAUUUGAGGACAAAGGGAAGGGCUUACACGAGUGGUGAAGAAAUGUGCAUUAAUGAUUCUUUUAUCAAUAUUCGCAAUUCUCAGCUGCUAGCUGGUGUGAUGGAUAAAUCAACCCUUGGUUCCGGAGGUAAAGCGAACAUAUUUUAUGUACUCCUCUGCGAUUGGGGUGAAGAAGCUGCUACGACUGCUAUGUGGAGAUUAAGUCGAAUGACUUCAGCCUACCUGAUUAAUUAUGGUUUUUCAAUUGGUAUUGGAGAUGUUACCCCAAGUCCUCGACUUCUGCAGCUUAAACAGGAUUUGUUGGAUGCUGGUUAUACAAAAUGUAACGAGUUCAUACGGAAGCAGUCAGAUGGUAAGCUCCAGUGCCAGCCUGGUUGCAGUGCAGAUGAAACUCUUGAAGCUGUAAUUCUUAAGGAGCUUUCAGUAAUUCGAGACAGAGCAGGAAAAGCCUGCCUCAAUGAGUUGGGAAGCCAAAACAGCCCUCUCAUCAUGGCACUUGCAGGAUCUAAAGGUUCAUUUAUAAACAUAUCCCAGAUGAUUGCCUGUGUAGGCCAACAAGCCAUAAGUGGAAAGCGCGUUCCUAAUGGUUUUGAAGACAGAGCUCUUCCUCAUUAUGAACGUCACUCGAAAAUUCCUGCAGCAAAAGGUUUCGUAGAAAAUAGUUUCUUUUCUGGCCUUACUCCCACUGAGUUCUUCUUUCACACAAUGGGUGGUAGAGAAGGUCUUGUAGAUACUGCUGUCAAAACUGCAGAAACUGGUUAUAUGCAGAGGCGAUUGGUCAAGUCAUUGGAAGACCUCUGCCUCCAUUAUGACAUGACUGUUAGAAAUUCAACUGGAGAUGUUAUCCAGUUUGUAUACGGUGGUGAUGGUCUAGACCCUACUUACAUGGAAGGAAAUGGUUGUCCUGUGGAGCUGAAUAGAGUAUGGGACAGUGUACGAGCUAACUACCCCUUCAGGCAGGAAAAGCCAUUAAGUUAUGAUGAUGUCGUCGAAGGUUCGGAUGUUUUGUUGGAUUCAUCGGAGUUCAAUUGUUGCAGUCAUGAAUUCAAAGAACAGCUGAGGUCCUUUGUGAAGGAUCAGGCAAAGAAAUGUAAAGAAAUUCAGACAGGAUGGGAGAAGAAAUCUCCUCUUAUCAGUGAGCUGGAAAGAGUCACAUUAUCACAACUGAUACAUUUCUUCCAGACUUGUCGGGAAAAAUAUCUUAAUGCGAAAAUCGAACCAGGUACUGCUGUUGGAGCUUUAGCUGCUCAGAGUAUUGGUGAACCAGGUACUCAGAUGACUCUAAAAACAUUUCACUUCGCAGGUGUUGCCUCAAUGAACAUUACUCAGGGAGUUCCUAGAAUUAAGGAAAUUAUUAAUGCCAGCAAGUCUAUUAGUACUCCUAUAAUUACAGCUUAUUUGGUAAAUGAUACUGAUCCUGAAUUUGCUAGGCAGGUAAAAGGUAGGAUUGAGAAGACAACUCUUGGUGAGGUUACGGAAUACAUAGAAGAGGUAUACGUUCCAUCUGACUGUUUCCUAAUCAUAAAGUUAGAUAUUGAAAGAAUUCGUCUUUUAAAAUUGGAAGUAAAUGCAGACAGUAUUAAGUACAGUAUUUGUACGGCAAAACUAAAAAUAAAAAACCUACAAGUACUUGUACAAACUUCAUCUGUUCUUACUGUGAAUACGCAAGCAGGCAAGGACACCUUAGAUGGAUCUCUUAGGUACCUUAAAGAAAAUCUUCUCAAUGUUGUCAUUAAGGGAGUACCAAAUGUUAAUAGAGCAGUCAUACAUGAGGAAGAUGAUGCUGGAGUCAAGAGGUAUAAACUUCUUGUGGAAGGUGACAAUUUGAGAGAUGUUAUGGCGACCAGAGGUAUAAAGGGAACUAAAUGCACUUCAAAUAAUACAUAUCAAGUCUUUUCUACUCUUGGGAUUGAAGCUGCCAGGUCUACGAUAAUGUCAGAAAUAAAACUUGUUAUGGAAAACCAUGGUAUGUCUAUAGACCAUAGACAUCCGAUGUUGGUGGCUGAUCUUAUGACUUGCAGAGGAGAAGUCCUCGGGAUCACUCGGCAGGGUCUUGCAAAAAUGAAAGAAUCUGUUCUUAAUUUAGCUUCGUUUGAAAAAACUGCUGAUCAUCUAUUUGAUGCAGCAUAUUAUGGUCAGACUGAUGCUAUUACAGGUGUCUCAGAAUCAAUUAUAAUGGGAAUACCGAUGCAGAUUGGAACAGGCCUUUUCAAACUUCUUCACAGGACUGAAAAAGAGAAAGAAUUCAAAAGAAGACCCCUGCUUUUUGAGGAUCCAGAUUUGCAUACGAACACUCUUAAGGACACCAGUAAUUAACUUUGUUAUUGUUAUUUACUAUAUUAAUUGUAAAUAUAUAUUUUUAUACAAGACUGUUACUAUUUUUUAUUAUUAGUUUAUUUUAUAUGUUAUAGUUAAAACUUCUUAAGUCCAAAAAUUUAUAUGUAUAUAAUUUUAAAGCAAGUAUGAAUUUUCAGGUUAAAAAAAAACUCAAUUUUGCUUUUUGAAAUUAAGUUAUCAUUUUUUAAGAAAUUAUUAUACAUUGGCUUUUGGAUAUCGGAGAUAUGAUCCCUUAAGCUGUGAAAAAAAUGAAAAAAAAUUUAUAUAUUGCUGGAUUGAUUGUAAUUAAGACAAUGAAUAUUUAUAAUCAUUUAAUGAAUAUGUUUAUUUAUUGAUACUGAGGUCUAUACCAAGUUAAUGUGAUA